AUGCUACUCAGGCUGUUUUUGACAGCGAUUGCUGCCGCGACUUGUCAAGCCGACCUUGAGUAUGACUUUGUUAUUGUCGGGGGCGGCACAGCCGGUCUUGCCCUGGCCUCACGACUAAGUCGUGGACUGCCGGAGAGUUCUAUCCUUGUGCUGGAAGCUGGCCCUGAUGCCGCGAACGAGCCUCGCAUCAAUAUCCCGGCUAUGAUGGGCUCGGCCAUCGCAUCAUCGUACGACUGGAAUUUCACUACUGUCCCACAACAGCAUGCGGGCAACCGUUCCCUGGCUCAAGGCCGAGGAAAGGUCCUGGGCGGAAGUUCCGCGCUCAACUUCAUGGCGUGGAACAGAGCCAGUAAGGUCGAGUAUGACACAUGGAAAAAGUUAGGAAAUGAUGGAUGGGACUGGUCAGAGAUGAUCCGCUCUAUGCUCAAAGCUGAGAAUUUCACUUUGUCAGACAAGUACGGUGACCAAGGCGUAGGUUUUGGUGGUCCCGUCCAGACGAUGAUCGGUGAUUGGGUGCCAGAACACCAGGAGUUCUUCAUGGAAGCGUUGAAAACCCUGGAUGUGACAGAGAACCGCAAUUCACUGGGAGGAAAUGUUCUUGGCCGCGUGUUCCAGCCUUCAAACGUCCGGUAUUUCGAUCGGAAAAGGUCGUAUAGUGCCCACCACCCAGGAUAUCCCUCGCUUGCAGGACCCAAUCUUCAUAUACGGGUAGAGACUAGGGUGCGCAAGAUUGAUUUGGUGAGUAUGGAUCGAGGAGAUCUGGUAGCAACAGGCGUCACUCUGGAAGAUAACACAACUGUCUGGUCAAAGAAGGAAGUCAUUGUUGCUGCUGGCACCCUGCAAAGCCCCGGCCUGUUGGAGCUCUCCGGAAUCGGUCAGAAAGAUGUGCUGCGUGCUGCCAAUAUCCAACCGCUAGUUGAUCUCCCUGGUGUUGGAGAGAAUCUGCAGGAUCAUCUGCGAAUUGAGAGCUCCUAUCGACUUCUCCCCAACUACACCUCGCUCGAUCUGCUUCAGACAAAUACCACUUUCGCGAAAGAGCAACUGAAAGCUUAUAAUGCAGGUAAAAAGUCCAUAUACGACUAUACUGGGGGUAGCUACGCUUUUCUUAACUGGACUGGCGUGGCUGACGAGCCUACGCGCAUGGAAUCUUUAGCACGCAAAGCCGCUGAUAAACCCCUCUCAUCGUCGCCCAUCGAGCGCAUCAGAGCUCAUAUUCAGCUUCAUCAAAUACAACAUGAAGAAGAGAAUGUUCCACAGGUUGAGAUAAUCUCCGGAGAUGGAUAUCUCGGAACAAAAGGGUACCCACCAAAGACAUCUCCACUCUACGGUUCAAACUUCUUCACGUUGAUCGCAGUCAUGCUGCACCCCUUCAGUACGGGGUCGAUACAUGUGACGUCGUCCUCGAUCUCGACAGCUCCGCAGAUACAACCAAACUACUUCUCCCAUGAAUAUGAUAUCCAGGCUCUCGCAUCUGCCGCGAAGUACAUGCGUAAGUUGGCAUCAACAGCCCCUCUCCGGCACGCCUGGACCGAAGAAUACGAACCAGGCCUUUCGGUGGUUGGUGAUGGGCCCGAUAGUGAUAAACAGUGGAUGGAGUAUGUAAUCAACAGUGCUUCAACAAUAUGGCAUUCUGUCGGCACAUGUGCGAUGUUACCGCAGGAACUCCAUGGGGUGGUCAAUGGAAAUCUGACCGUGUAUGGCACGGAGAAUCUUCGGGUGGUCGACGCCAGUGUCAUUCCAGUUUUGUUAUCCGGCCAUCCACAGACAGCUGUAUAUGGGAUCGCUGAAAAAGCGGCGGAGAUAAUCAUUAACCGUUGGCAGUAG